AUGACGGAAGUCAUCCUUCCAUCGCUUAAUAUCCCUGGACCAAGCUCUCUACAUCCACAAAUUUCAGCUAGACACAAAGCGACUGAUAAAAUAUCACAUCCUUUCGCCUCCUCGUGUGCGCAGGCAUUUCGAGACCGACUUCCGCCGGUUGCUGCACGAAAUAAAUCCGCAGCUAAACUUCGUCUUCAGCCAGGAUAUAGUCCCAAUUACUGGUCUUACGGAACUUCUUACUUGGUUACGCUUCUGUUUAAUGGACGACUACCAAAAUCUUUUCUUAAAGAGGUAUGUCAUAGUCACAAUAAAAAGGAAAAAGAAGAUUUGUCAGCAGUUGGCCAAGAAUACACGCCCAGGCAUAAACGAAAGAAAGAACUAUGGGAGCCCAAAGACUACAAAAAACUCCAGGAGGAUGCACGUAGAACCGAACAAAAAGUUAUGCUAGCUCGUUGGCGUCAGCGGACACGACACGAUUCUAUAUCUGCUAAAAUUCAUGAAACCAAAGAAAGAGAGGAGAAUGUUCUCUUGGCUAAAGAAGAGAUCAUGGAAAGAGGAAAACGUGCCUUUCUAAAUAAACUAAAAUCUAGAACAUCCAAGGCUACCAAAAAGGAGCCGGAAUGUAAGGUGUCGGAACAGUCGUGCAAUACAGAAGAUGGUUUUGUGAUUGUCAAAAGCGAGGACUGUGUUCCAGAUAGCGCCGAGUCCCUGCCUGACGAUUCUAAAUCGUCAGAGUAA